AUGUCGACAACCAGAUUACCUUGCAUUCCCUCUAUCCGGAAGCAGCAACUUCAUCUUGAAUUCGCAAGCUUGCGACAAGCCGCACCUCUUGGAGUUUAUGUGAGCCUCGCGCCCGGAGACCCGACCCUGUGGAAUGGAGUCAUCUUUGUCCGUUCCGGUCCCUACGCCUCCGCCGUCCUUCGUUUCCAAAUCCGCUUCCCACACAUCUACCCUGAUCUUCCACCACUAGUCACCUUUGCAACAGAUGUCUUCCACCCAUUGAUUGUUCCUCUCACCACAUACACGUUUAGUACCAGCUCAGCAAGUGACGAUCCAGUCAGCGCGACCGAUGAGGAGCGACUGCCACCCGGAGGGUUCAGUCUGCGCCAUGGCUUCCCACAUUGGUUUGGCAGAUCAAAACGGAGUGGCCUAGGCUCGGGCAGGUCCUCUCGAAAUGUGAGCGGGAAUACUGUUGGCACGGUCCCAGGUGCGAGAACUGUAUCUGGCGGUUCUGGGGCAGAAGGAAAUGUGGCUUUAAAUGGAUCGGCCACCGGCCCAAGUCAAGAGGAGCAGGGUACUGCGGGCGAUGAAAAGCCUCGAGUUUCCCAAGUACCUUCAGCUGAGCAAUUUAGAGAGCAACGAACGGUUGUACCUGUCGCGGAGUUGUUGGAGUACAUUCGCUCAACAUUUGAUGACGAAGAAGUUUUGGAUUCCUUGCCGGUAGAGGCCGCAGGAAAUCCUGGAGCAUGGCAUGCAUGGAAAGCACAUCGUCGGGGUGCGCUUGGCCCAAGCGAUUUGAAACGAGGAAGUCCGCAGGCACGGCUCCCGGGGGAUUGGCAUUGGGAUGGAAUCUGGGCUCGCCGGGCUCGGGAUGAAAUUCAAGCAAGUCAUUCCGAUCCGAUGCUUUUUGGAAGCGCUGCUCGUGGUGGUGGUGGUGAUGAAGUGAUUCGGUUUUCACGUCUAGACGACGCAACCUUGAGCUCGGUGAAGGAGAUGAUGAUGACGGUGGCCGACGUGCAUAAAGAGUGA